AUGGGAGUGACUUACUACGGAGGAGAAAAUGUGGACGAUCUUGUGCCCCGCUCGUUGCCGCAAAUUCACAAGAACAAGAUCUACCACUCCAAACAUAGCCAGCAAGUGAAGGAAGAAAGAUCGCGAGGAAAGCACGAUUUGAGAACGAUGGGUCACCUAAAGACGCCUUUGAACCCACCCAAAGAUUUUCUUAAGAGUCGGGAUCGCACUAGAACGCCAAAACCGAAAACUCCAACCUUCAAAUACUCGGAUGAACGAAAACCGCCCGUUCCAAGAGCAACAGUUCAGCACACACCAUCGCAGAAUGAUAAGAACUUUAUCAAAGAGAAUGCUAUAAGCACUAUAAGAUCAACGGCAAAGCGACCUAUUCCGAAGUUUGUAGACAGCCCUGGUGGACAUUCGCAAGAGCUGAUGCCAUCUGGAAUGUACCCUAAGUACUCGCAGAAGGAUGAUUACGGCAGAACUCCAGAGUACAUCAAUCGGCGAAAGAAAGAAAUGGCCGAGGCGCAGAAAGAGUACGACGCAUACGUUCAGGAACGCUUGGAGAGUGGGAUGAUGAAGAGAGUUCCCGACGCGGAGCGAACUAGAAUUCUCGAGGGACUCAAGACCAACUGGAAUCUCCUCCACCAUCAGUAUCAAGGACUCAGCGUUAUCACUGACACGAUCCCAAAACGAAACCGCAAGGAGAUGCUUGAGCGCGAGAUGGACAUUUUAGACAAAGACAUCAAGCAGAUUGAAGCUCAUCCGAUCCUAUAUAUUUCCUAA